AUGGUGCCAUUUUGUCCCAUGGCUGAAGAUGGUUUGCCAAAAAUUUGCUCUCAUCCUCCAACAGAAAGCAGGAAAACAACUGAAGCAACCAUUUUAUUUGGGGAUGACAACACUAUUCCUAAAUCAGAAACAACUAUGACCUCAGAAGGAGACCACAUUACUUCAUUAAAUGACAAUACACUAGAAAGUGAUUUUUCAACAACAGGCAACAAGUUUACAUCUCUGAAGGAAAAACUAAAAUCAGAAGAUGAUGCUGAGUCUCAUCUUAUUAGGUCAUCAACCCAUCUGGAGAAAGAAAUUACUAGUCUGAUAGGCACAACAAACUCCAUGGCUAAUGACUCUAUUACUGAAAACUUCAUUCCAGUGAAAAUUGGUAAUAUCUCAUCACCAAGUGCUACUGUUUCUUUAAUAGAUUUUUCCACUAACAUAGCAAAAGAAGAUAUUCUCUUGGAUACCACUGGCCCAGGGAAUGAAUAUGUCUCUAUAACUUCUGAAGUCUCUGGCACACUGAAGGAUGGCACCGCUAGCAUUGUGGACACCCCUGCCCUUCCAGCUAAGAAGGAUGAACCCGAUGUUAACAAUUACAGUUCCUCAGUUAAAUCCAAUGUCACUGCUGAUGAGGCUGUCCAGAUCACCACCUCGUCUAUUCCUGAGUCUGAAAUCUCUUCUGCUACUGAAAAAGACUUCACCACUAUUCCAGAUAUAGCUGCCCUUACAGAAGAGAAAGUGACUGAAAUCGACCUCAACAUUCCAGAGGAUGACCCCAAUGCUGUGCCUAAACUAACAGAUUCUGAUGAGGAAAAGUUCAUCACUGUGUUUGAGCUCACUACCACUGUUGAAAGGUGCGAAGAUAAGCCAGAAGAUGUUCUGAUAACUGAUGAAGAGUCUAUGGAUGAAGUCAAUGUUUGGGUGGAGAAAGAUAUUACAAAUGAAGCAGAGAACCAUCCCAUUUUGCUUACUGCUGUUGAAUCUAGAUAUGACUUUGUAGUCCCUAUAUCAGUAGAUGUGAACCUCAUGGAAGAUUCAUCUAUUACGACAAAAGAUCUGUCUGAAAAUAAUACAAUGGAAUAUGUAACUAAGGACAGUGAGCCACUUGCAAGAACUACCUCUGAUCUAGAUACCCUAAGCCAUGAGGACGAUGCUUUUACUACUGAAAUGGGUGUCUUUAAGCUACUGAAGGAAGAACCAGAUGAGUUCCUGAUUUGA